AUGGUUCCAAGGCCUCCUUGGGCCCAACAGUCAGACAUUUGGAAUUCCCUUUCUGAAGCGAAAGAUGACCGGAAGCCCCGAGGGCUGCGGACGCUUGACCAGACUAACGGUGGCGAAGCCAAUCAGCUACUGACCGACGCAGAGCGAAGGAUUGCUCUGGAGCUGUACGAGACCCAUUGCGGCGGACCUUAUCCAAGGCUUGAGGCUUACGCCUACGAACAGUUCAUCUCACCCUCCGCAGAGAACAAGGUCAUCUCAUCAAACCAGAUCGGCAGCUGCACCGGCCAAAUCUUCAACCGCGAGCACGCCCUGAGCCACUGCUUCAGCAUAUCAUCCCAGAACGCCGGCUUCCAGACCCGAACCUUCCUCCUCUGCGCCUACGACGAGCAAGUCCCCCCCACCCCUCCCCCCGCCGGCACCCUCCUCCCCCAACUCGUCGAGCCAGCCGAACACCACUUUCCAUCCGACCCGGCGGCCCCGGCCUCCUCCCUCCGCCACGACGACGACGCCACCCCCCUCACCAACCACCACCUCGUCUCCGAGCACAGCUUCAUCCUCAUCGAAAAGCUGCACGUCGCACCCGCCCACCGGCGCCGCGGCGUCGGCCGCGCGCUGCUGGCCGCGUUGCUGGACGAAGCGACAUCCGUCCUCCCGUCCAUCCGCUUCGCCGUGUCGUGGCCGUGCGCCAGGGACGAUGUCGAUGACGACGAUCCGAUGGCGACGAUGAUGAUGAGUGGUGGCGGUGAUGGGGGCCGAUCAUCAUCUGAGCACGAGCGUGGGCAGAGGAGGGCGGAGGCGUUCCAUCGUGCGGCGGGGUUUGGGAGGGUGGGGUUGACGAGGUUUUGGGGGAAGAGGGUUGGGUGA